AUGGCGUUCGUUACUAUUUCGAACUUCACAAAAGGGCAAAGAGGGCGUCUUUUUACCGCAAUAGGUGUUGGGGUGGGCGCCAUCGCGGUUGGUCUUACUUACAAAGCCGUAUUGGCCCGGCGCCAAAAUUCCACUUGCGAUGGCCGCGGUUUUCCCGCAAUGGCCGACUAUCCCGACCUCCGAAACCACAACAACUUGAUGGCCAAACAUCUAACGCCGCGAUUGUACAGCAAACUUCGCGACAAAGCCACGGCUAGUGGGUUCACCUUGGACGCGGCGAUCCAAACAGGAGUGGAUAACCCGGGCCAUCCGUUCAUUCUAACCGUGGGCGCCGUCGCCGGGGAUGAAGAAUCCUAUGAGACCUUCGCAGAGCUCUUUGAUCCCAUCAUUGAAGAGCGCCACAAUGGCUUCAAAAAGACUGACGUGCACAAGACAGAUCUAGACUCGUCGAAAAUCCGUGGCGGGAAAUUUGACGAGCGUUACGUGUUAUCAUCCCGCGUGCGCACGGGACGGUCUGUUCGCGGGUUCAGUCUUCCACCCCACUGCAGCCGCGCAGAGCGGAGGGAAGUGGAGAAUGUUGUCUGCGAGGCCUUGGAUGGUCUUAAAGGUUAGUAUUUUUUUUUUUGCAAAGAAAGAGAUUAUAGUAAAGGGCUAAAGGUUUUGCGGGAUAUGGGACGAAACAAAAUCAGACAGAAAACAGGGUAGUUGAAGGUAAGAGAAUCGGAAGUAUCAGAUGAAAUUAAAUUACAGGGACUCAUGUCCCGAAGGUAACUCAGCGUCAUUUUAGGAUUAAAUGUUUUUGUUUCAUUUUUGCUUUUUUGGAAAGGCAAGUAAUAAAAUUGGGUCGUUAAAACAAGUAGUCCGCUUUUUUUUCGUGAAGGGCAUGGGCGGGGAAGUUAAGAGAAUGGUGAAUGUAGGGUGAAUUUAAAUUUCAUUUUAUUUUUAAAUACUGUUAUUGUGAUGAUUUUUAAUAAUGACAUAUUAAACAACAUAGAAGAGGAAAACUUAUUCUUCAGAAAUAAGUGUGAGAGAGAAAAAAAAUUUCAGCCGUCUGGCGGGGUUAUUCAGUUUCAUCGUGAGGCACUAAUUACCUCAGUAACCAGUGAAAAAAGCGCCAGACAGGUUAUUCAAAAUUGUACACUUUUACAAGUAGCUCUUCUGGAUAAGUGUGAAUGGACGAAGCUCGUUCUCACAAAUGUUGUGGCUACGAGCCCGCAGGCGAUCUGCACACUUAUCUGUGAGUUGCCUGUCAUUUUCUUCCUUUAACAGGCCAUUUCCGAGUUGCUGCAAGCCUCUGUUUUAAGCCGAGGCUAAGUGCAAAGCCAUUGCUCUUAAUGAUUUUUUUUUAUUCGGAUCCAAAUGAAUUUCAUGCAGUUUCCCAAGAAAGGUUUUGCACUUAGCCUUGGUUUGAAAGUAAGAGUUUUUGGACCUCAGAAAUGGCUUAUUAGGCGUGCAAUCUAACCCGAUUUAUUUGUUCAAAUUGAUAUUGAGCAAGCGUAUGUCCAGCGGUGCUAUCUUGACUGGCAUGCCGUGAACACUGAACUGUUUCCACCGCACCACCGUGGAUCAAAUUUCUCACAUCAGCGCCUGUUGUUUUCACUAAUUAUAAGUAAUUUUGACAUCCAAAGCUACUGUUACUGUUCCUGUUAUUUUCAGUUUCUGUAUGCGCGCGCAUAUUUUCGCGUUCUUAUUCGAAUUAUAUGAAAUCGUAUGUCAAUCUUAUUACUCUUACUGGGUCAUUCUAAUUUCGCUGAGAUUCGCGCAUUGUGGUGCGCCUGCCCCGUACCGAGGCGCCUCUUGGAAUUUUCUGCGGAAGUCGUGACGAAAGGGGUUAUGGGAAGGACGUGGAGCCCUCCCUUGAAUUGUGCAAAAAUCGAAAAUCUCAAGAACCGCCUAGGUACGAGGCAGGUGGCUCGCGCAAACAGUUUCAAAUUAUUUUCAUAUGACUGUAAAUUGGCCAAUGAAGGAUCACAUCACAAAUAACUCAUGGCUGUAGCCCUUUAUCCCUGAACUGUUCAGUUUAUGCUCCCCAGAAUUGAAUCUGCUAGCAGUAUUAUACUUACAAUUUGUAACCAAGAGUUUAAUAAUAUUUUCAGGAAACUUAACUGGUCAGUAUUAUCCGCUGAACGGUAUGACCGCGGCUGAACAACAGCAGUUGAUCGACGACCACUUCCUGUUUGACAAACCGGUCUCCCCUCUUCUCACGUGCGCGGGCAUGGCACGUGACUGGCCUGACGCGCGUGGAAUCUUUCACAACAACGACAAGAACUUCCUUGUUUGGAUAAAUGAGGAGGAUCACACGCGCGUCAUCUCGAUGGAGAAGGGAGGAGACAUGCGCUCGGUGUUUGAUCGCUUUUGUCGCGGACUCAAUGAGGUUGAACGACUCAUCAAGCGCCAGGGACAUGAAUUUAUGUGGAACCAACAUCUGGGAUACAUCUUGACCUGCCCAUCCAACCUUGGAACAGGUCUUAGAGCUGGAGUGCACGUGAAACUGCCUCACUUGGCCAAGGUAAACACGUGGACUAAGGUCGUCCUAGCCCGCAGAACUGGCCCUACUUUUUUGCGUUUUGCUCCUUUCCCCGUCGCUCGUGUCUCGCGCUCCUCGCUCGCUUCGCCCUUGCCUUCGCUAGCCUGAAAAACGCGAAAAAGCAACGGACUAUGAUCGUUUCACACGCGUGAACAAACAAAGCGCAUGAGUACGCCAUUUCAUAGCAAAAACCUGCGCAAGAGAACCAAAGGCUUUUGUCUUACCACACAAUAACGACUCUUAACAUAUCAAUAUUGCAGGAUUCAAGGUUUGGUGACAUAUUGGAUAAACUUCGUCUGCAGAAACGUGGAACUGGUGAGCAUUCAUAUCGUUCUUCAUCAGAGCUUUAUAGUUUGUUAAUAUUACUUUUACUUUUGAAAAACUGUGAGUCAAGUCACUCUAAAUCCACUGUUUUGUUCAUUUAACUUAUUUGGCCCUGAUUCUUUGUUUUACCUAAUUUUUCGCCCCUCAUUCUAUUCUUUCAUUCGUUAGUUAUUUAUUCAUUCGAAUGUUUGUUCGUUCGUUCAUUCAUUCAUUCAUUCAUUCAUUCAUUCAUUCAUUCAUUCAUUCAUUCAUUCAUUCAUUCAUUCAUUCAUUCAUUCAUUCAUUUAUUCUUUCUUUCUUACUGUCUUUCUGUCUUUCACUGAUUGAUCCCCCAUCCAUUUCGCCCUUUCUUCAUCAAAUUUCUUAAUGCUAAACCUGUCCUCGAGGUUAUCUGUGUCAGAGACACUUAACUGUGUUUUUUUCUUUUUUAUUUUAGGCGGCGUUGAUACAGCUGCCGUGGGAAGUGUGUUUGACAUUUCCAACUCAGAUCGCCUCGGCUUUUCUGAGGUGGAGUUGGUACAGAGCGUGAUUGACGGCGUCAAUCUUCUGAUCAACAUAGAAAAGAGACUGGAGAAGAACAAGUCCAUUGAGGACCUCAUUCCCAAAUAA